AUGGAAGAAGGACGAUGUAGUCUGGACCGCACUUCUCAAAGCGUGCAAGGACAAAGGGGACAUUUAACGUGGAAGAAGAGCGGCCGAGAGGACCCUACUUCUGAUAUUGCACUUGUAAGCUGUAACACUAGCCAGUAUAUAUGUAUAUUCAAGCAUAGGGAAAUGGAAAGAGGCUGCAAUAUUGUAAGGAAGAAAAAGAAAUCGAAAGGCGUGAUCAAAGGCCCGGAUGGUCGUUUGUAUCUGGCGAUCUUCGCCAUCCUUAAAGUGAAGAUGUAUAGAGUGUCUUGGAAUUAG